UUGAGGAGUGAAUGCAGCAGUGAAUAUGAAAUUCAGUGAACUAACGAAGACAAUACUCGAAUUGGCGGACUGGUCUAGUACCGAUCGGAAUUGUACAACGUUAUCAGAUCAGCCAUCAGCGUACUUCUUUAUUAAAAAUGUAAACGGCGCUCAGUUCGUUCUGAUACUAUUUGCAACAGCUUUUACCGUUAUUGUAUUGCUUUUAGCAGCUGUUCACUGGUUCCAUGUAUGGAUGUAUGUUGCAGAAGAGAAACGACAAAACAAACUUUACUUCUUAUUAUCAUUAUUCCCGGUAUCAACAAUGUGCUGCUAUAUCGGUAUGAUAUCACCACGUACGUCAAUGGUGAUUUCCUCACUUGGCCUUCUUUAUUUCCUUACAUGCCUAUUUGUGCUUAUUUCACUGAUAAGGCAUUUGUUCGGUAGUCGUGACGCAUUCGCAACUGUACUUCUAUUGGACAAGAGAAAAAUUGAUUUCCAGAGUCCACCAUUUUGUUGUUGCUGUUCAUUUUUACCAAAAGCAAAAAGUACCGCGCGAAAUUUGCGACAAUUGGAAUGGUUAGUUCUACAGGCUCCAGUGGUUCGCGCUAUAAUCGUUACGUUUAAUGUGAUUGCGAUCGCAGAAUGGCGUGAAGCUGCUAAUAAAUACAUACAUUUCAGCGAGACGAUUUCUGUUGCUUCCCUGUUACUUGCUAUUUUUGGUGUUCAUACAUUAGCUCGUCUAACUUCCGAUAAACUUGGUCAGUACGAGUUUAUGACAAUAUUUCGAGUUGUUGAUAUUGCACUUCUAUUUUUCACCGCUCAACAGCCAAUGAUAUUUGAGAAUAUUUUGAUACGAUUUAAUGUUUUAAAAUGUGGUCCACUACUGUCUGCGCAUGGUAAUGCGCGAUUUGUAUGCAACUUUGUGAUUAUUGUGGAAAUGUUGUUGUUGUCAUUGUUUAUAUCUUUUAUGGUUGCACCGUCACGAAGUGCUCUGUUCGAUUUGUAUGGUUCUAAGGAAAGGAACGAUAUGCGAUCCAGAUUGACUCAGGAAAGUCUUCUAAGCAGUCAUGAAACGGACAUUAUUGUACUAUCCUAAUGGCUAGCUUAUAUUUAAUAUUAUAAAAUGUAAAGGACUUUGGGAAAGUAAUAAGUGAAUAAUACGAAGAGUGACAUGGUAUAUGGAUAACCUUUAAGGAGCAGUACUACACUAGGAAAGCCUCCUCGAACUUAUCUUUAAUGAUCAUAAUAUGAUGUAUUGAACUUACUUCAAACAACAGGGAUUUUCUUCCGAAUAGAGAUCAUUUUGUUGUCAAUAAAUUGCAGGAUUAAACUUACGGUGCAGAUAUUUAGAGUAUGUUCACGCUUUUCCAAAUUUUUUAAAAAGAAAUGUGACUUCCGCAAAUGCAUUAGUCAUU